AUGGCGGCGCGCGUUCUUGGGGCGUGCGCGAGCCAGGCUGCUCUCCCCCUAGCUUGUGUGUGGGCUAGGCUCGCCGUGGGCUCCCGGCUUGGCCGCACUUGCUCGCUAGUCGUGCGCCCGGGGCUUUGUGGCGGGGCCGGCUUGGGCUUUGUGUCCUGACUUCUGCGCUGGCCCGCGGCGCUGCCCCCGGUCCAGGGAUCCCUUUUCCAGGCGGCGACGGCGGCGGCGGCGCAGCCCCGGAGCAGCUGCGAGCGUGCGAGCGAGCGAGCGAGCGCGCCGGCGUGAGCGACGACUGUGAGGGGCCGAGGAGGGGGGCGAGUCGCCGAAGCCCAAGAUGCCGGAGUUCCUGGAGGACCCUUCCGUCCUGACCAAAGACAAGUUGAAGAGCGAGUUGGUGGCCAACAACGUGACGCUGCCGGCCGGCGAGCAGCGCAAGGACGUGUACGUGCAGCUCUACCUGCAGCACCUCACGGCGCGCAACCGCCCUUCGCUCGCCGCGGGCGCCAACAGCAAGGGGCCCCCCGACUUCUCCAGCGACGAGGAGCGCGAGCCCACCCCGGUGCUCGGCUCCGGGACCUCCGCGGGCCGCGGCCGCGCCGCCGUCGGCAGGAAAGCCACAAAGAAAACUGACAAACCCAGACCAGAGGAUAAAGAUGACCUAGAUGUGACAGAGCUCUCUAAUGAAGACCUUCUGGAUCAGCUUGUAAGAUACGGGGUGAACCCUGGUCCCAUUGUGGGGACAACCAGGAAGCUGUAUGAGAAAAAGCUGCUGAAACUGAGGGAACAGGGGACAGAAUCCCAAUCUUCUACUCCUCUGCCAACAGUCUCUUCCUCAGCAGAAAAUACAAGACAGAAUGGAAGUAAUGACUCUGACAGAUACAGUGACAAUGAUGAAGGAAAGAAGAAAGAACACAAGAAAGUGAAGUCCACUAGGGAUUUUGUUCCUUUUUCUGAACUUGCAUCUGCUUCCCCUGGUGGAUUUUUCCAGGGUAUUUCUUUUCCUGAAAUCUCCACCCGUCCUCCUUUGGGCAGGACUGAACUGCAGGCAGCUAAGAAAGUACAUACUUGUAAGGGAGACCCACCUAGGGAGUUUUUUACUGACACAGCCUUGCCUGGGAGGGGACAGGUGCAGAAGGUAGCGCCUGGACGGAAUGCAUGUAUUCCUUCCGAGUCUAGCUAUGAUAGAUACGUAGAGAAGAGUUCUUCGUCAUCUUCUCAGCACGAAAUCGCUGCCAGGCUGGCCUCUGCUGCAGCUUCUCCUUCACGGAUAAGAGAAACUACUACUACUUACUCUAAAGACAUAGUAGAAAAUAUUUACCGUGGAGGAAAACGUAGAACUCGGCCUUCGUGUACUGAGGAGUCUGAUGUUUCAGAUCAGUCAGUUCUCUCUAGUGAAAGAGAAGUUCUCCAAGAGUCAGAGAGAUCACAGGUCCUUUCUCCACCACUUGCUCGUGAAAUCAGAGAUUAUGUCAAUUCUCUGUUAGUCCAGGUUGGGGUUGGCAGUUUGCCUGGGAUUUCUAAUUCUGUCCCCUCACUGGAUGUAGAAAGCAUAUGUAAGAGACUUGGCCAGUCUAAUCGUCAAGAGUUUGAAUCCCUGUCUCCUCCCCGCACAGUCCCUAGACUCAGUGAGACGCCCCCAAAGGAAGGGGGCCCAGGGUCAUGUGUGGCAUUUCAGAAUAUACCUGAAUCUGAACAUAUGUCUUCUUUUGCCAAAAGUGUUGUCUCUCAUUCCCUUACUACCUUAGGGAUAGAAAUGUCUGGGCAACCACAGCAUGAUAAAGUAGAUGCCUCAGAACCAUCUUUUCCUCUACAUGACUCUAUUUUAAAAGUAAUCGAAGAGGAGUGGCAGCAAAUUGAUAGGCAGCUGCCUUCACUGGCAUGCAAAUACCCAGUUUCUUCCAGCGAGGCAACACGGAUAUUAUCAGUUCCAGCAGUAGAUGAUGAAAUCUUGGGGCUUGUUUCUAAAACCACCCCACAAGCAGCAAUUCAGGCAUCCUCCUCUGAGUCUUGUGAUAAACAUUUGGACUUAGCUCUCUGUAGAUCUUAUGAGGCUGCAGCAUCAGCACUGCAGAUUGCAGCCCACACUGCCUUUGUGGCUAAGUCUCUGCAAGCCAACAUAAGUCAGGCUGCACAGGCCAUUAGUUCAGAUCCUAGCUGUGCACCCCAAGCACUUGAGAUUCUGAGCAGAACCUAUGAUGCAGCUUCAUAUCUCUGUGAUGCUGCGUUUGAUGAAGUGAGGAUGUCUGCUUAUGCCAUGGGGUCUUCUACUGUGGGGCGGCGUUAUCUGUGGUUGAAGGACUGUAAGAUUAACCCAGCUUCUAAGAAUAAACUAACUGUUGCCCCCUUUAAAGGCGGAACAUUAUUCGGUGGGGACAUACACAAAGUUAUUAAAAGGCGUGGAAAUAAACAGUAAUAAAGUCAAGGACAGAGACAAAGUUAUCUUUGAUUUGUAGAGUUUAUGAACCUUUCUAGGAAUUCUAGCAGCUUCUAUGCCAGAAUUUUCUUUUCUUUUUUAGUCUAAUAGAGCUAAUUUCAAGGUGUUAAGCUUCUGCUCAUCAAUUUAUAAUAUAAUCACAAAUAUAGAAGCCUAGUACAGUUUAGGGUUAGAUCACAUAUUUACCUCACAGAAGUUGACAGCUUCCUCUUUUACAUAACACUUUUAUAGAAGCCUUACAUUGCUUUCUUUUUAGUUAAAUAUUUUACAACUUUUAGAUAUAAAAAGAAUUCCGCAACUAAAACUAAAAUAUCAGUAGAAUCCUCACCUUUUUUUGUUUGUUUGAUUUUUCCAAGACAGGCUCCGAGUAGCCCAGGCUGUUCUAGAACUCAUAAAGAUCUGUCUGCACCGUGAGUGCUGGGAAUAAGGACAUGUGCCACUGCUGCCCAGUGGCCUCAAGUUUUUCUUUUGAAGCGGUGACAUUCACGCACUUCUUUAUGCCUAGAUCAUAGUUAAACAUUACUAACCACUUGAAACAUUGAUUCCCCUCCCUCUUGUCAAAGGAAUUUGUUUUGAAGAGUCUAGUGUGCAGGAAUGCCAACUCUUUCUCAACAGCAGUGGAAUAGGCACACAGCCCUGUGAUUUCAGAGUCAGCUCUGCUUUCUGCUGCUUAUUUUCACUACAUAAAUCUCUUGCUUGAAGGCCUUUUGUUCACUCGUGACAUUGCAAGGCAUCUACAGGUGACCUUUGUAGUUUAAUUCUUAUCACUCUUGGCUAAGUAUCUACACAUUCUAAAAUGUGUCUGAAUUCUUGUUCAUACUUCUGUCUACAACAAACUUCUUAAUAAUUCUAGAUCAGUGAAACUCUUUAAGUGCCAGCACACAAACUUGCUGAUUCACAGACAUUGUAUCAGAAUGAGGGGGAAAGGACUGCAUCUCAGUGGUAAGAAGCAUGUGCUGAUCUGAUUGUGCAUGUGGCCCUGAGUUCAGUUCACUGCCACCCAAAUAAAGUUUAAUCAAAGUAUUUAAAUCUAGACACCCUUUGUAAGAGAACAGUGAGGGAUAUAUUGCACGCCUGUAUAUAUGUGUACACACACUCACAUGGGUGCCUAUUUUUUUAGUAAACUAAUUUUAAAAAAGCAAUGCAUACCUGUACCUUCUGAUAGAGAAGGUAGCCAUCAAUUCAGGGGCCAUACAAGCAUGUGACCACACUUUGAGAAACACAGCUACGGACAAUAGAUAUUCUAGUAUAGUUCAUGUUCACUCAACAUGACUUGUUAGAUGAAUAAGACAGUAAAAAGGGCUUUUUUUACUUACAUGUGUUUAAAGAGAUGUCCACAUUAGGUAAAUUUCAUAUCUGAAUGCUAAAAGCAAAUUUGAAUUCUUUUCUAAAAUCCUUAAGAAAUUUUACUAUUCCCCUAUGUCUGUGUCUGAAUGAAGCAUGUAUUAUCCUGAUUUCAUUUGUAUGGUGGUAAGGUAAGGUAUGGUAGCCUGAUUGUAGAGACAAUGGAAAGUAGAGUUCCUUGAGUGUACGUGUCUACUGCUACCAUGUUGUUAGACUGCACACUCCCACCUCUGCAGCUUUGUUAUUUGUCUUCUAAAAUGUACAUGUAUACAUGUACCUGUUAAGUACUGUGUGAUUUCUUUAAAGCAAUGUAUUCCUGUAGAAUGCGUCUACAAAUUCAAUAAAGUUGUUAAAUUUGAA